GAGGGAGCUGCAAAAGUGACUUGUAUGACAUGGGCACCGAAUAAUGGCAAAUUUGCUGUAUGCACUGUGGACAGAGUGGUCUUACUGUACGAUGAGCAAGGAGAGAAAAGGGAUAAGUUCUCUACUAAGCCUGCAGAUUCUAAGGUAAGUAGGCAUCUCAGUUGUCAAGUUUGACUAUAAUGUAAUCCUCUCAUCAAUUAUGUACACAGCACAUUUUGUCUGACCAGUUUGAUACAGGAAGCUUUUCCCGGAAACACUCACACACAGCUUGCAACUGAAUCUGGAUUUUCGAUAGAGCAAUAAUGUUCUUGUGAUAUUUAUCUUCUUGCAGUAUGGAAAGAAGAGCUAUGUUGUCAAGGCCAUGGCAUUUUCUCCUGACUCAACAAAAAUUGCCAUUGCCCAAACUGAUAACAUAAUCUAUGUCUACAAAAUCGGAGAGGAAUGGUAAGAAUGCUUCAGGUAUUUGUAUUUAGGCUGGAUUUGGAUUCACAGAUUACCCUCUCUACCAUCUCUUUGUCUCAAGUGUGAUGUUUCUACUUUAUUCCUAACAGGGGUGAGAAAAAGGUCAUCUGCAACAAAUUUGUACAGACAGUAAGUAAUCACACAUUUCUGUGAUGCAGUAUAACUAUGUUCAAUCUCUCUUUUUAGUUAUUUACCAAAAUAUAAACAACAGUCAAUUUAAAAGUCAAUUUAAAACCAAUCUCGUUGUGUUUCAGAGUGCUUUAACUUGUUUGCUAUGGCCAGCAGAACACGCUAUAGUUUUUGGAUUAGCAGAGGGAAAGGUAAGUCAUUUACACAAUCAAUGUUUUUUUUUACUGCCAGUAUUUUCAAUAACAGGAAGUACUAUGAAUUUUCAGAACAUUGUGUUGGAUCUUGAUAUGUUUUGUUUGCUUCCUCCCAGGUUCGCCUUGCCAACACAAAAACAAACAAGUCAUCUACGGUCUACGGAACAGAUUCCUACGUUGUCUCAUUGACAUCAAAGUAUGUGCCUUUCUUUUACUUUAUUUCAAACCUCUCAUUCAAAGUUAUAGCCUGAUGUUGUAGCUCUCAUGCUGAACAACUCUUUGUGUGCCAGUGUUUCUGGGAAGGGCAUCCUCUCAGGCCAUGCAGACGGGACUGUUGUAAGAUAUUUCUUUGAUGAUGAAGGCUCAGGAGAAUCUCAGGUACUGUACCCAAUACUGACAUUAAAUCAUUUCAAUGUGUCCCUGGGAAUUUUCUCAUAAUACUCCUUGGGUCAAACCUUUUGCUCUCACAUUUCGCUGAUAAAAACAUCUUAUCAGGUAGAUGUGCAUUGAUGCAUGUUGUCUCUCCAAUCUUUUUGCAGGGAAAAUUGUUGACCCACCCUUGCCCACCAUAUGCCCUGGCAUGGGGCACCAAUAGUGUCAUAGUGGCUGGAUGUGACAAGAAGAUAGUGGCCUAUGGCAGGGAGGGUCACAUCCAGCAGACCUUUGACUACAGCCGAGACCGCUCGGAGAAAGAGUUCACUGUGGCCGCCACCAGUCCCAGUGGACAGUCUGUGGUCAUCGGCAGCUAUGACCGGUCAGUCUUCAUUUUGAUACAUCAGUAUACAAGUAAUAAGCAUGAUAUUACAACAUUAUCUUACAUUGCUUGGAAGCAGUAAGUUGUGAGUGAUAAGCUGUUUUGUUCAAUUAUGUCAUUUCAGAUUGAGAGUCUUCAACUGGGGUCCUCGGAAAGGUGCAUGGGACGAAGCAUCCCCUAAAGAGAUUCCAAACCUGUACACCAUCACUGCCUUGGCCUGGAAGAAGGAUGGCUCACGCCUCUGUGCAGUGAGUAACCAUACAUGAACGAACACACCUGUCCGCAACAGUAAUGAAAUACCUGAUUUAGCUCCCAGUACUGUAGAAAGUAGACUACAAGUUGCCUUUCACAGCUUUUUGCAAUUUUAACUUUUAUGACAGCUUCAUAAACAUGUUCUGGUCGAUCCCUGUGUUCAGGGUACACUGUGUGGGGGAGUGGAACAGUUUGACUGCUGCCUACGGAGGAGCAUCUACAAGAACAAAUUUGAGAUGACCUAUGUGGGACUGAGUCAGGUACGUUGUGGUAUUCACCACCUUCAGUUCAGAACGAAAGGGGGACACUGAAGUUAAUCUGACAGGUCCUUGAGUUGUGGCUCAGAGAGAUGGUUGUAUUGAGCUGCACUUAUCAUCACACCACCUUCUCAACAGCUGUUUUCAGCUAUGUCACUUAUUUCCUUGCGGGUUGGAGGCUCUGGCUAACUAACUGAACAAUGUUUCUCCAGGUGAUUGUAAAGAACCUGUCCACAGGGAUGCGGGUGGUGCUGAAGUCCCACUAUGGCUAUGAGAUAGACGAGGUGAAGAUCAUGGGGAAAGACCGCUAUCUGGUGGCCCACACUUCUGAUACCCUGCUACUGGGAGACCUGGCCUCCAACAAGCUCAGUGAGGUAUGAUGGUCUGGCCAUUCACUAAUCCUUUACUCUGCUAAUUAUAGUCAUUAUUUCUCUACCUGCCUCUGCUCAUGUGUGUGGUAUACAUACAAUAAUUUGAAGUGAGCAGUUGAAAGAAUCAAGACACCGUCCCCUCCUCUGUGCGAAUAUUCUUGCAUAUUGUCUGUAGCACAGUCAGAAACAAAUUGCUCUAUUAGAAGUUCCAAGGACCUGUUUUAAAAGUUCAAGGGCUGUCACGGUUCAGAGUGCUAAUCCCUGUUUAAUUGAGAGUUUUCAAAGAGCCUUCCUUCACUGGAGCAGGAGUGCUGCUGUUGAAAAUGACAGACGUACGCGAUAAUAGCCCUGGCCCUGACAGCAGUAUAUGUGUGUGUAAUGUAGUGGAAAGCAAGGAGCGACUCCCACCGCGCUUGCCCCGGGUAAACAAAGACCCCUCUGCUGUUCUUUUUUCAGGUUGCAUGGCAAGGCUCCGGGGGGAAUGAAAAAUUCUUCUUUGAAAAUGAAACGGUAUGAUUCCAUUCUUUCCCUGUUUAGCUUUGUCUGCAGUUUUAAUGUGCUUUAGUGAGUAGUUUUCUGGUUCUGCUAUCCCAACAUAUGAAUAAUAAAAUACACGUCAUGUCCCUGUUAACUGCCUGUCAUUGCUUCUUGAAUGUACGAGUUCAGCAUUUUCUGCUAAUGGUAGGGAGUCAGCUGCUGACUGUGAUGUGUUGUGUCAGGUGUGUAUGAUUUUCAACGCUGGGGAGCUGACGCUGGUGGAGUACGGCAGCAACGACAUCCUGGGAUCAGUGAGAACUGAGUUCAUGAACCCACAUCUCAUCAGGUUGGCUUUCACCCAUUCUCCUUGUAAUGCGUAUAUUUAUAGCAUAUUAUAUUAUAGAAAGCAGUUGCAUUUUCUAAUCACUUACUAGCACCGUCAUUGAGACAUUUUUGCCUGUCUUCUACUCUUAUGUGAAGAAUGGUCACUAGGUGGUAGUGUUGAGCUUUGUUUGUACAUGACAGUCGGGCAUACUUUGAAUGCAUGAGAAGGGAAAGUGUUUUGUAUACAGCUGUCAAGACAGUUUUCAGUGGACAAAGUUAGUCAUUACAAAUCCAUCCUAAUGUAUUCAGGCUGUCAAGAUUGUCAGAUUGGAGAUAUUUCUGUGCUAAUGGUUGGAUGUUCAGUAUUAACAUUCCCCCUCUGCUUACCUAUCUGUCUACCCCACACUGUGUCUGCAUGUCUAGUGUUCGUCUCAAUGAGAGGAAACAGAGGGGGGUUGAAGGCAACAAAAAGUUAGCUUACCUGAUUGACAUCAAGACCAUUGCCAUUGGUAAGUGUGUGUGUGUAAGGUCAUACCAUGAAUACGUAUGAUGCAGAGUGUAUGCUCCCUGAGAUGGUGAACCGUGGACAUGAAGACAUGAUUUCUGUGCUGCAGAAAGGUUGUCUUCUGGUCAAGGUCAAGCCAAGGUUAUGACUGUGGUGUUUGUUGACUACAGCUUUUAUUCUCAGGCCUUUAGUUUUUCCAGAAAGGUAAAAUCGUUUUACUAUCUAGUGAAGUGAUUUGCAUCCAAAGUGCCCGUGUGAAGUAAUUGCUAGAUCUUUGAACUAAAAGUGUCUGCCACCUUCACUCCCAGGCCAAGUUCCAGCCCGCCCAUCCACUCUUAUUUGCAGAUAAUGAGCGUCUAACACACAAAGACACUGACCUGCUCUUUUUGUGAUGGAUGAUGCCCAUUCAUUUAAAGGCAGGCAGGUGCUGCUCCAAGCGACUUGGUCCCCACGUUGCUUUAGGUAUUGAUUAGGUAAACAACUGUUUGAUUGUAGCUGGCCCACACCGUCCCUCUCUUCCCCCACUCCUCCCCUCUCUCCCCUGGGGCAGCCUGAGACGCUAGCGCCUGUGAGGGCCGGUAAAGAGAGAUGCUGAGACAAACAGGCGUAUGCCGCUUCCAGAGAAAGACGCCUUUCAAUUAGGCGCUGACCCCAUGGCGGGCGCGGAGGUGGGCGGCGGUGUAGAGUCUAAAGUACGUCCCAAGCCCCCGCCACAGUGCAGCGCUGAGCUGAGCGCCAUCUGCCCAAACCCUGUCCACUUCCUUUGCUAAUUAAGUCCAGGCAUGUCCUUCUGUCGGCUGCCGAACAUUUGUUAAUUUUUUUCAGGUGGUGAAAAUGAGAAACAACCUCCAUCCAAUUUAUUUCUCCCGUUUGAAUGACAGGAGCAGUUUCUUUUUCUCUUUUUUUUGCUUCCCCCUCCCUUCCUCGUUCCUUCCCUCCCUCGCUCUGAAGGUGUAAAUUGGAAAAGGCUUUUUUUUCAUCUCAGAGGCUUGAUUACAGAAUGAAAGGAGAAGCAAUGCCAGGCCUCUCUGUCAUAUGAUUCAUUAGAGAUUCAUAGAUGUGUUUGUUAGAGUGGAUGUAUGCUACUGCGAAAAUUGAUAUAUUCAUAUUGCAUCAUGGCUUUGUUCUGUAGGCCCCUCAGUUACAACAUACUGUAUAUUAAUUUGAUCUUUUGUCUCUAGCAGAUGAAUAGAGAUAUAAUGUGGCUUUAAACAUGAUACACCACCUUCCUUCUUAGUACAAAAACUCUGGAGUUGAGAAUGUUUUCUUUCUCUGUCUCGCUGCCGCCCGUCAUUGAUUGAUACUAUGGCCUACAGGCACAGCUCAGGUAAUAAUCUCCCCUCUCUCUCUCCCUCCCACUCACAGUGGAUCUGGCCGGCGGUUACAACCUGGGAACUAUCAACCAUGACUCUAAGAUUGACUGGCUGGAGCUCAAUGAGACGGGGCGCAAGCUACUCUUCAGGGACAAGAAACUGCGGGUGAGGCAGCAGCAGCAGCUCAAAGUAACGGGCUGCCUAGAGCUAUGCCUGUUUGAUGUGCUCGCCCUGGGAAAAGGAUGCCAAGCAUUUUAAUUGGGAAUCCCUUUGGGAGCUUUUGACUGAAAAGUGACUCAUUGUACUCAGAUGUUUCGCUAUGGUUUAGAAUUUGUUGUCGAGGACCCAGUAGAGGUGAAAUUGUAGUUUUGAAAGGUGCAUUACUGCUCGGAUUUGAGUUUAUUUGAGUAACAGACCUGCUUCAUGUGAUUCCUUGCAUCACUGCCUAAUCCUCUGCACUCUUUAAUUCUUCUCCUCUCUCUCUCUCUCUCUCUCUCUCUCUCUCAGCUCCACCUGUAUGACAUAGAGAGCAGUGUUAAGACCACGGUGUUGAGUUUCUGCUCCUACGUGCAGUGGGUUCCUGGCAGUGACGUGGUGGUGAGCCAGAACAGAGGCAACCUGUGUGUGUGGUACAACAUCGACAGCCCAGAGAGAGCCACCAUGUUCCCCCUCAAGGUGAGGGCAGGGGCAGGGGGGGAGAGAUGGUCCGGCCAGCUCAUAUGCUACUGGCAGGGCUAACGUUAGUCACCGCGUGGCUGAGCUACUGAGUUGACUACUUUCUGUUUAUAGACCAGACCUUGAAGAUUAAUACCCAAUGUGACCAACUGCUCUUCUUUUUCCCCUCACCAGCCAUUAAGAAACAUUAAUUUAGUAAUGUCUGUGUUCUUAUUGUCCUCCUCUGUCUUGAUGAGCCUUUGAUUAAGUCUCUGAGUGCAGUGAAAGGCACACAGUGCAAUUAUCUCCUAGUAGGCAGAACUAUAAGUGCUGAGAAUAGGGCUAAUUUAGUGUAUCUGUUUUCCACAGGGGGAUAUAGUGGAUCUGGAGAGGUCCAAUGGUAAGACAGAGGUGAUCGUGACUGAGGGGGUCAACACUGUGUCCUACACCUUGGAUGAGGGCCUUAUCGAGUUUGGAACAGCUAUUGACGAUGGCGACUAUUAUAGGUUAGUAUCUACCUUGAAAGAAUGCAGUGGGUUUUUUGGAAUGCACAAACGUGGCAGCUGAAUUGGUUUUGAUAAAAUCCCUCAUUGUACAACAUACAUGCAAGGGUGGAAUUCAUGUGGGUUUAGAAUGCAUCUAUUUUUGUAUGCAUUCCACACUCAAUGCUGUGUUUCCUAUUUGAAGUGUAUAUAGUCUAUUUUGACAACCACCACUUUUUGUCUUCAAAAAGGGGCUUAGGAGAUGGGCGUCGCAAUGGGUGCGGUCGGCCCCUCUCUGAGCUGCUGAAUUUUCCUGAAAAUGUACAGGCCCGCUUCUAGGCGGUGUAGAGAAAUGUGUGCAUUUUUAAGCCCAUUUCAUACAAUUCUACAAAUUUUUCCAUGGAGCUGAGAGAAAUGCUUGGAGUUUUAAAGCUAAUUUCCUGAAAUUCUACACAUUUUUCCAUGGAGGCGAGAGAAAAUGUUUCAGUUUUAUAGCAAUUUUCCUGCGAUUCUACAUAUUCUGCCGUAGAGCUGAGAGAAAAUGGUGCUAUUCUAUGCAUUUUGCCAUGGCUAAUGCUGUGUUAUUUUACUCAGACAUAGUCACAAAAUGAAUACUGCUAUAUUCAUUGUUUUGGGAAUUUUAAAUUCUCCCCGACUCUCUAGCUUUUAUUUUGGUGAUUGUUAGUUCUCAAAGAUUAUAUUAUUUUUAAAAAGAUAUAGGUCCAUUAUCUUUUCCACAUACUUUGUAUCAAAUCAAAUCAAAUCAAAUUUUAUUUGUCACAUACACGUGUUUAGCAGAUGUUAUAGCGGGUGUAGCGAAAUGCUUGUGCUUCUAGCUCCGACAGUGCAGUAAUAUCUUACAAGUAAUAUCUAAAAAUUUCACAACAUAUACCUAAUACACACAAAACUAGUAUGGAAUGGAAUUUAAGAAAAUAUACAUAUAUGGACAAGCAAUGACAAUGACAGAGUGGCAUGGACUAAGAUACAGUAGAAUAUUAUAGAAUAAAAUGCAGUAUAUACAGUGAGGGAAAAAAGUAUUUGAUCCCCUGCUGAUUUUGUACUUUUGUCCACUGAUAAAGAAAUGAUCAGUCUAUAAUUUUAAUGGCAGGUUUAUUUGAACAGUGAGAGACAGAAUAACAACAAAAAAAUCCAGAAAAACGCAUGUCAAAAAUGUUAUAAAUUUAUUUGCAUUUUAAUGAGGAAAUAAGUAUUUGACCCCUCUGCAAAACAUGACAGUCCUUGGUGGCAAAACUCUUGUUGGCAAUCACAGAGGUCAGACGUUUCUUGUAGUUGGCCACCAGGUUUGCACACAUCUCAGGAGGGAUUUUGUCCCACUUCUCUUUGCAGAUCUUCUCCAAGUCAUUAAGGUUUCGAGGCUGAUGUUUGGCAACUCGAACCUUCAGCUCCCUCCACAGAUUUUCUAUGGGAUUAAGGUCUGGAGACUAGCUAGGCCACUCCAGGACCUUAAUGUUCUUCUUCUUGAGCCACUCCUUUGUUGCCUUGGCCGUGUGUUUUGGGUCAUUGUCAUGCUAGAAUACCCAUCCACGACCCAUUUUCAAAGCCCUGGCUGAGGGAAGGAGGUUCUCACCCAAGAUUUGACGGUACAUGGCCCCGUCCAUCAUCCCUUUAAUGUAGUGAAGUUGUCCUGUCCCCUUAGCAGAAAAACACCCCCAAAGCAUAAUGUUUCCACCUCCAUGUUUGAUGGUGGUGAUGGUGUUCUUGGGGUCAUAGGCAGCAUUCCUCCUCAUCCAAACAUGGCGAGUUGAGUUGAUGCCAAAGAGCUCCAUUUUGGUCUCAUCUGACCACAACACUUUCACCCAGUUCUCCUCUGAAUCAUUCAGAUGUUAAUUGGCAAACUUCAGACGGGCAUGUAUAUGUGCUUUCUUGAGCAGGGGGACCUUGCGGGCGCUGCAGGAUUUCAGUCCUUCACGGUGUAGUGUGUUACCAAUUGAUUUCUUGGUGACUAUGGUCCCAGCUGCCUUGAGAUCAUUGACAAUAUCCUCCCGUGUAGUUCUGGGCUGAUUCCUCACCGUUCUCAUGAUCAUUGCAACUCCACGAGGUGAGAUCUUGCAUGGAGCCCCAGGCCGAGGGAGAUUGACAGUUCUUUUGUGUUUCUUCCAUUUGUGAAUAAUCGUACCAACUGUUGUCACCUUCUCACCAAGCUGCUUGGCGAUGGUCUUGUAGCCCAUUCCAGCCUUGAGUAGGUCUACAAUCUUGUCCCUGACAUCCUUGGAGAGCUCUUUGGUCUUGGCAAUGGUGGAGCGUUUGGAAUCUGAUUGAUUGAUUGCUUCUGUGGACAGGUGUCUUUUAUACAGGUAACAAACUGAGAUUAGGAGCACUCCCUUUAAGAGUGUGCUCCUAAUCUCAGCUCGUUACCUGUAUAAAAGACACCUGGGAGCCAGAAAUCUUUCUGAUUGAGAGGGGGUCAAAUACUUAUUUCCCUCAUUAAAAUGCAAAUCAAUUUAUAACAUUUUUGACAUGCAUUCUUCUGGAUUUUUUUGUUGUUAUUCUGUCUCUCACUGUUCAAAUAAACCUACCGUUAAAAUUAUAGACUGAUCAUUUCUUUGUCGGUGGGCAAACGUACAAAAUCAGCAGAGGAUCAAAUACUUUUUUCCCUCACUGUACAUAUGAGAUGAGUAGUGCAAGAUAUGUAAACAUUAUUAAAGUGACUGUAAACAUUAUUAAAGUGACUAGUGUUACAUUUCUUAAAGUGGCCAGUGAUUUCAAUAGGCAGGAGCAGCCUCUAAUGUGCUAGUGAUGGCUAUUUAACAGUCUGAUGUCCUUGAGAUAGAAGCUGUUUUUAAUUAUCUCGGUCCCAGCUUUGAUGCACCUGUACUGACCUUGCCUUCUGGAUGAUAGCGGGGUGAAUAGGCAGUGGCUCGGGUGGUUGAUGUCCUUGAUGAUCUAUUUGGCCUUCCUGUGACAUCGGGUGCUCUAGGUGUCUUGGAAGGCGGGUAGUUUGCCCCCGAUAAUGCGUUCGGCAGACCGCACCACCCUCUGGAGAGCCCUGCGGUUGCGGGCGGUGCAGUUGCCGUACCAGGUGGUGAUACAGCCCGACAGGAUGCUCUCAAUUGUGCAUCUGUAAAAGUUUGUGAGGGUUUUAGAUGCCAAGCCAAAUUUCUUCAGCCUCCUGAGGAAUCAUGUAGUAACCAAAAAAGUGUUAAACAAAUCAAAAUAUAUUUUAUAUUUGAGAUUCUUCAAAUAGCCACCCUUUGCCUUUAUGACAGCUUUGCACACUCUUGGCAUUCUCUCAACCAGCUUCACCUGGAAUGCUUUUCCAACAGUCUUGAAGGAGUUCCCACAUAUGCUGAGCACUUGUUGGCUGCUUUUCCUUCACUCUGCCGUCCGACUCAUCCCAAGCCAUCUCAAUUGGGUUGAGGUCAGGGGAUUGUGGAAGCCAGGUCAUCUGAUGCAGCACUCCAUCACUCUCCUUCUUGGUAAAAUAGCCCUUACACCGCCAGGAGGUGUGUUGGGUCAUUGUCCUGUUGAAAAACAAAUGAUAGUCCCACUAAUCCCAAACCAGAUGGGAUGGCAUAUCGCUGCAGAAUGAUGUGGUAGCCAUGCUGGUUAAGUGUGCCUUGAAUUCUAAAUAAAUCACAGUCAGUGUCACCAGCAAAGCACCCCCACACCAUAACACCUCCUCCUCCAUGCUUUACGGUGGGAAAUACACAUGCAGAGAUCAAUUAAUUGAAAUGCAUUCCAGGUGACUACCUCAUGAAGCUGGUUGAGAGAAUGCCAAGAGUGUGCAAAGCUGUCAACAAGGCAAAGGGUGGCUAUUUGAAGAAUCUCAAACAUAAAAUAUAUUUUGAUUUGUUUAAGACUUUUUUGGUUACUACAUGAUUCCAUAUGUGUUAUUUCACAGUUCUGAUGUCUUCACUAUUAUUCUACAAUGUAAAAAUAAAGAAAAACCCUUGAAUGAGUAGGUGUGUCCAAACUUUUGACUGGUAGUGUACAUAUUUAGUCGUUUAAGUUAACACUGAAAGAGUUUUUCCAUCCCCAAAAUUAAUUUGUACACUGUUUGGAAUUCCCUGUCCAAGAAUUUCAAUGGCAGAAACAUCCCUGUGGUCAAACUGUCACCCUAUAGCUGCAAAAAAGAGGGUUGUUAUUCUGUUGAAUCUGUUUUUUCUAGUUACACUUUGUUGCUCUCUCCUGCGGUGAGUUGUCCCUGUGGAUGGUCGUGCUGUGUGACUCACGUGUCUCUCUCUGUGUUUGUAUGUAUGUGUGUGUGUGUUCCCUCAGAGCCACAGCGUUCCUGGAGACUCUGGAGAUGUCCUCGGAGACGGAGGCCAUGUGGAAAACUCUGAGCAAACUGUCCCUGGAGGCCCGCCAGCUCCACAUCGCAGAGAGGUCAGCACAGCGGGGGGCCACACGAACGCACAGACGCAUACUGCGUCACUCAUGCCACAACAUACACAUACACAACACACACACACUCCACUCAUGUCAUCCCAAGGGGGCUCAGCACAUCCUAAAUAACAGCACCACUACACCUAUCUUCUAAUACAGUCCUCUCUAUUUCUCUCUCUCUCUCCAUUUUAACUUGUGAAAAGUGACUCGCCUCCCGUGAAGAUGUUUAGCCUGGAGCAGCCCCCUCCCCUCAGUGUUUUUCUGAGCUAUGCGUGCGUGACUGGGGGGCAGGAAUAGUACAAUGCUAAGCAGUUUACCCAGAACUGAGAGUACUCUGUGUCAUGUAGAACGAUGUGUCCCUGACUAGAAAAGGCUCUCUCUCUCUCAGUAGGACUCACUUAACUUGCCCUGGUGGUGCUUACUUAAGCUUUUGUCAAUUUUUUCUUUCACUUUUUUGGGGGGUGAAAGUUAGAUUUGACUGUAGCAUGGCAUCAAUAAUGCAGCGGCCGUUCCUUAUGUAUGGGGGUUGAUUUCCAUAAAUCAUGCAGGAAAAAUACGUUUUGUCCUGAGAGGAGAAUGUAAAUGAAGGAAAGUGGGUAGCUAAAAAGAGAUGCUCCUCUUUUGAUUGUGAACCCAGGUUAUUAGCGUGAUGCAAUUUCCCUGAAAGAGCUGGUAAUACAGGCGGCCCAAGUUAGAAGCCAUUGAAAUGUUAUUGUGUUAACCCUGGCACUGGCGCAUGACUAAAGGCUGUUGAUAGAACGCCUUUGGUAUUUGUUUUAGAGGUUAUGGCAGAGUUUUUAUCUGUAAACAUUUGUUUUUGCUGCACCCUCAGUGUCCCUUAAGUUAUUUUGUGUUUCUUUUAGGUGCUUUGCUGCCUUGGGGGAUGUCUCCAAAGCUCGCUUUCUGAACGAGACUAACAAGAUCGCCGACAAAGUCUCAAAGGAAUACGUAUGUACCGUAGUGUGUGUUGGUCUCUCAUGCAUCGCCAGUCCCCACCUCCCUUCAUAACUGGUCAUAGAUAUACUGAGUAGUGUUGGAGGCUCUAGUUUGGGUCCACUUCCAUAGUCAUCCAGGUCCUGAGUUGGAGGCAAUCCAAUCCAGGUGUUCCAUCUGGGGCCACGAGGCUCAGCCCUGGAUGUCUGUUGGGGCCCCUGUGUGGGUCUCUCUGCCCCCUGGAGCAUGGGCACACUGGCACCCCUGCCAGCACAGCUGCUCCCUGACUGGCCAGGCCAGUCAAUCCAUCCAUCACAUCACUCUGCUUCACUGGGCUAUUAAACCCCAUUAAUGCUAAUCACACACACACACACGCCCACAUGCCCACACACGCACCUCCAGCACCUAUUUACCAUUGUUGAAUGAAGGGGCCAGCUAGUUAAUGCAGGUCGGUCUGCCCCAGUCUGCUAGAAAGGACACGUCAUUCCCUUUAGCCUUUCAGAUACAUUUUGAAGUUGGUCUUAUGUGACACUUGCCUUGUCUAACCUCCAGGGUGGUGAUGGUACAGAGUUCUACCAAGUCAAAGCACGCCUCGCCAUGCUGGCCAAGAACUACAAACUGGCUGAGAUGUACUAUAUGGAGCAGGUAGGAGGGUGUAACUUGAAUGGUGGAAUAUCUGUCUAACACUAUACAACUCAGUGAAGCGUUUGGUCUGUAUUAAAGGCAUGAAAAACCUCCCAGUCUCACAGGGAUGUGUGUCGAUGUGUUGUGUGACUGCUCUGUAGAAUGCCAUUGAUGAGGUGAUGGAGAUGUAUCAGGAGCUUCACAUGUGGGACGACUGCAUCGCUGUGGCUGAGUCCAAGGUAAACUAACACAGAGAGACUGUAGUACACACACAUUACAUUAUAUGACAUUAUGUUAUUUUAUCAGCUAUCUGCAAAAAAACGAAUACCACACAGAUUUUCCCAUGAAACUGUGAAACAUAGGCCUUAUUGAAUGAGUUUCUUCCCAGGGCCACCCAGAGCUAGACAACCUGCGUCGCAGCUACUACCAGUGGCUGAUGGAGACCAACCAGGAUGAAAAGGCUGGCGAGGUCAAGGAGGGGGAGGAGGACUUCAUGGGCGCCAUCAACCUCUUCCUCAAGGCGGGCCUACCGGCCAAGGCUGCCCGAUUGGCUAUGAGCCGCGAGGAGCUAGUCUCCAACUGUGAUGUCAUCAACAGGAUCGCGGCCGCCCUCAUCAAGGGAGAGUUCUAUGAGAGGGUGGGUGUCAUGACAACUGUCACACAGUGAACUCGACGGCUGUCAUUAAGAUUACACUAGGCUUCUUCAAGACAAGUAUCGCUUAUCUUCCAGCUACAGAGUAAAAGUCUUAAUGGAAUGAGAUGAAAGGUUGCUUAGAUCCCCUCUCAUGUGCUCCUAAUGGUUCUGAGUGACUCGGCCUGAUUGUCUCGCAAUAUGAUUUGUGUGUGAUAGAAAAGUUGGUUUGUCUUAGGUAAGGCAGGUGAAGUUGGUGCAGAGAGAGACAGGUGUGCAGUGUUCUAGCUCAGUGUCUCUGUGUACAGCGUGACCCUUUGUUUCCUCUCUGUGUCUCUGUGGUCUUACUCAGAGCCAUGGAUGACUCCUCUCCUCGGAACCAAUGUCAGGGAAAGUGUAUGUCUGUGUCUUAAUAAAGGAUGUGUCUGGGAGGGAUGUUAGUCAGCCAUCUGUUUUUCUCUCUCUGAAUGUCUCUCUCUCUUUCUUUCUCUUUCUCUCUCUGCUCUUGAACCAUCUGGUUAUGGACCAGAGGUGCUGUAAGUAACUAAAUGAGAGGGAGGGAGUUGAGCUAAGUAACUUUCCUCUCUCCCAUUAUCAGGCAGGAGAUCUGUUUGAGAAGAUCAGGAACAACCAGAGGGCUCUGGACUGCUACCGCAAGGGCAACGCCUUCAGGAAAGGUAGGCCUGACACUGCACUGUGGGUGAAUAUAAGAAUGAAUAUCACCUAUGUGUAGUGGUUGGGACGAGACCAUUCAUACAGGAUGUAUUAGUUAUUUAAUGAAUAGCCCAAUCAUUAUGUUGUUUAUGGUCACUGGGUUUGACAUUGGUUUGGAGAAUGAAUUGUAAACUGUAUUGAUGUGAAUGUAACUGUGACGUCUUUCCCUGAGCGUAGCUGUGGAGCUGGCUCGUGUUGCCUUCCCGGCUGACGUGGUGAAACUGGAGGAGGCCUGGGGAGACUACCUGGUCCAGCAGAAACAAAUGGACGCCGCCAUCAACCACUAUAUAGAGGCUGGGUGAGUCAGCUCUGCUGUCUGCCCAUCACUCACUACAAGGAGGGAGAGGGAGGGAGGGAGGAGGGAGGAAAAGUGGUGUAGAGGAGGGAGUGAUAGAGAUCGAGAGACGGAAAGAGAUGAAAGGAGUGGGAGACAGGAGGAGGUGGUGUGAGGGGUUUGUUUAUAGUGAAGUGAAUGAUUAAUUUCCUGUGUAAUCAAAUUGAGGUAUUGUUCAUUAGGCAGCACCAGGGCUCCAGUCCCCAGGGCAGGCUCCUUUAGAUAGCACACUGGAUGCUCAUUGGAAGGCUGGCCCUCUGGUAAUACUGUGGUGGUCUGACUGACUGGCAUAAUGGGCCUCGCUAAAGCUCCAUCCCCUACUAAUCACUUACUGCUGGGAAUCAACACAUAGGAAUCAACUGAAGAAAUUACCAAUAAAAGUGGUUUGACAGGAUUCUAACAGAGUCUUAAUUGCCAUUCUAGUCUUAAUUGCUCCCUGGCUGGGCUGGGCAUAGCCUAUUAGUUGUUCCAAGUGGAUUAAUAAAGUUGCUUUGUAUUGUAUUCUUUGAUUAGUUCUAUGUCCUUCGAUGGUGCAAACGCCUCAUCUCCCCCUCUCCUCUCCCCCUCUGUUGUCUCUCUAUCGUAGCUGUUCCUCGAAGGCCAUCGAGGCUGCCAUAGGGGCUCGCCAGUGGAAGAAGGCGGUCCAUAUCCUGGAGUUACAGGAAGACCGGUCAGGAGGGAAGUACUACCUGAAGAUAGCCCAGUACUACGCUUCCAUCCAGGAGUACGAGGUAAGGGGAAAGAGGGAGAGAGAGGGAGGGAGGGACGGACGGAGAGAGACGCAGCCCUAUUCCGACUGUUCUGAUGAGUCAGGGGCCUAGCAACCUGGCAGCUAGCGAUGCCUGCUUAUUCCAGACCAGACUCCAUGCUGCCUCUGUGCUGCGUGAGCAUGUUUGAAGAAUUUAAUUAAAGUAUUGAUGCAUUACUUACUUUGAGAGCUGGAAUCCACAGAAAUUCAUGUACAGUAUGUCUCUCUCUCUCUCUUUCUAUCUCACUCUCUCUCUCACUCUCUCUCUCUCUGUGCGAACCCAGGUUGCAGAGCCCCUGUUUGUGAAGGGAGACCACAUCAAAGAUGCCAUCGAUAUGUACACGGUGGCUGGGAGGUGGGAGCAGGCUCAUAAGGUAUGCAUCCUCCUCAAUGUCCCAUCUCAUCAUCUGGCUCGCCCAGCUUAAAAUGGCAGGCAGUUGAUUGAAAUGGGAUAUACUGCUGUGCUUUCUAUGUUUAGUUGUAACAGGCCUGUGUGUUCUUUUCAAGUGGGAUGUUAUGCACAGUGAAUUGGAAUGAGAAUCAAAGUGAGUUAAAGUGACGCUUGGUACAGUGUACAUGCACACUCACACACACACUUUGUGUCCUAGCUGGCAGCGAAAUGUAUGACCCCAGAGGACGUGUCAACUCUGUACAUCAGCCGAGCCCAGGAACUGGAGGGAGAGGGGAAAUAUAAGGAGGCAGAAAGGUAAUAUCUCCCUCUCUCUUUCUUUCUACCUCAUCUCUCUUCCUCUCCACUCUUCUUCUUUUCCUCUCUCUCCAUACUUUAUCAUUCCUUACCCUCCUCUGUUUUCAACCCGUAUCGACCACAACCCUGCUGCCAAAUUAAUUAUGGAUUUUGUCACGGGCAAAGUUUGCCGACAUUGGGUUACAGGGCCCUGCUGUAACAGUCACUUUAUCCAGAACAUUGUCUGUUGCAGUUCAGGUCAAGGUUCUACUGCAACAAAUUGACAAACAAAAGUGUUCAAUUGCUGUGCAUUGAUAGCAAAUUGGACUUUAAUAAGGUGCCCUGGCUGUGUUGUGUCUGAAACAUAAUCAUUACACCUAACUGAACAACCCCCAGUCUAGCUCUCUGCCUCUAAAGGAGCCUGUGCCUUUCCAUAUUAGACAGAGUAGUCUCCCUCACACGCUGCCAGCCUGCCACAAAGACAAUAUGUCACCACGUGCCCCCAACUCUGUGUAAUCCCAAUACUUGCCUCUCUUAUUGAUCUCUACUGUGACAAAUGUGGAGCAAAAUUCAUCAUCAGCAAAGGGCAACUUAAUUUUGUGAUAAGAAAUUAUAUUUUCUGCUCAUGCUUAAUUUGCGGUUUAUGUAAUCAGAGAUGAAGAAUUACUCAAUCUUAGUGCAUAGCAAUGCAAUCAUCUCUGUGUGUGUUUGUAUGUGUUUGUGUGUGUGUGUGUCUGUGUCUGUGUGUGUGUGUGUCUGUGUCUGUGUGUGUCUGUGUCUGUGUCUGUGUCUGUGUCUGUGUCUGUGUCUGUGUCUGUGUCUGUGUCUGUGUCUGUGUCUGUGUGUGUGUGUGUGUGUGUGUGUGUGUGUGUGUGUGUGUGACGGGAAUAUUCGCAGGCUGUUUGCGACAGUGGAUGAGCCAGACCUGGCCAUCACCAUGUAUAAGAAGAACAAGAUGUUUGACGACGUGAUUCGACUGGUGGCCAAACAUCACCCAGACCUGCUGGCUGAGACUCACCUGCACUUGGCCAAGGUCGGAGAUAGGGGGCGCUGUCUAAAGAAAAAAUACAAUUAUCAUAUGGGUAUCAUUUUGAAAGAAUCUUAUGAGAGGGGCUCAAGGUGAUUUAGAUUAGCAAGGAUAAUCAGUUUGUCAGGUUACUGAGUCUGAGUUCUCUAAUAUCUUCCAGGAGUUGGAGACAGAGUCCAGGUUUUCGGAGGCGGAGUACCACUAUAUGGAAGGCCAGGAGUGGAAGGGUGCAGUCAACAUGUACCGUGUCAACGACAUGUGGGAAGAGGCCUACAGGGUAUGUGUCCACGUUAGAGCCUGACCGAUAUGUUUUUUUUUGUGAAACGAUAUAUCGGUCAGGCUCUAGUCCACAUCACAAGUUGACUUUCGUCUCUCACUGAGAGUCCAUGAGAGAGUGAGUGUCUGUGAACAGCAGGACAGUGUGACAGUGUGAUUAUGACACCCCUGGCGUUGCAUGUUAUGCUGUAUCAAGGACAGUGGUCUGUGCUAACACAGCAGCACAGGAUGGAUGUGUUACACUGCAAGACCUCUCACUGCUUACAGGCCUCCUAACACUCUCUCUAAAAACAUCACCACCUGGCUGCAACUAUGCUACUGCUCCCUCCUUUCUGGCCCUCCACUGGACCAUAGCAGUAUACACACUGAGUGUACAAAACAUUAGGAACUCCUUCCCAAUAUUGAGUUGCACCCCUUUUGCCCUCAGAACAGCCUCAAUUCGGCAGGCCAUGGACUCUACAAGGUGUCGAAAGCGUUCCACAGGGAUGCUGGCCCGUGUUGAUUCCAAUGCUUCAAACAGUUGUGUCAAGUUGACUGGAUGUCCUUUGGGUGGUGGACCAUUCUUGAUACACACGGGACACUGUUGAACUUGAAAAACCCAGCAGCAUUGCAGUUCUUGACACACUCAAACCGGUUUGCCUGGCACCUACUACCAUACCCUGUUCAAAGGCACUUAAAUAUUUUGUCUUGCCUAUUCACCCUCUGAAUGGCACACAUACACAAUCCAUGUCUCAAUUGUCUCAAGGCUUAAACAUCCUUAUUUAACCUGUCUCCUCCCUUUCAUCUACACUGAUUUGAAGUGGAUUUAACAGGUGACAUCAAUAAGGGAUCAAAGCUUUCACCUGGAUUCACCUGGUCAGUCUAUGUCAUGGAAAGAACAAGUGUUCCUAAUGUUUUGUACACUCAGUGUAAACGCACACCCUUUUUAUUUAACACUCAGUUGUACAUUCAUUUAUUAUGAGUUUCACUACAAAUGCCAUUUAUAUUGCUCUCUCUACAGCUAUCUCCUCUCUCACAGUUUCUCUCUCUUGCACUCUUUCUCUCCCCUAUAUGGCUCUCUCCCUGCUCUCAGCAUGUGCAGUGAGAGACACGUGAGGCGGUUGAUGGUGGGAGCUUCUGGCAUAUGAAUCAGUUGUUCCUAAUCCUCUUCCCCUCAUGUGUGUGUGGCAGGUGGCGAAGAGCCAUGGGGGAGCCAGUGCCCAUAAGCAGGUGGCCUACCUGUGGGCCAAGAGUCUGGGAGGGGAGGCUGCCGUCAAACUGCUCAACAAGUUUGGUCUGCUGGAGACCGCCAUCGACUUUGCAGCAGACAACUGGUGAGCAGAUCAAUGCACUGGACUGCACUUUACUGUACUGUGUUGCCUGGAACCCCAUGCUCUUCAAUAUUGCUUUCAUGUUUACGAGGUGAUGAGGAAUCUCCCUGUAGUCAAAUGUCUAUCACUGGGAGGUACUUGAAGUAUCUGAUGUAUUUGUUCUGUGAUUGACUCAGUACAAAGCAAUAGCCUAAAAAGUUCAGCAAUACAGAAUUUGAAAAUGUCAUUAUUUUAGCUUUUAUUGUGGUGUAUUACUCAUGGUCUGAAGCAUUCAAUACUAGGCAUAAGCUGUUAAGACCUUCCCCAUUCGUUCCUAGGAGUCAGUAUUGAUGAAGCUGCUGUACCUCUGUGACCUUAACGAGGAGACUGGUUUUGACCCUUCUCUUGUCCUCCUCUCAGCUCCUUUGACUUUGCCUUAGAGCUGGCUCGUCUCUCCACCAAGAACAAGAUCCCUGAGAUCCACCUGAAAAAUGCCAUGAUGCUGGAGGAUGAGGUAAUACACACACACACACACACACACACUCACACACACACACCACUUCCAACUCCUCCUCCCAAUCACACACUCAUUGUCAUUCAAGGUUACUCUGCAGCUUGCACCGUCUCAAAGAUUCAAAAAUAUUUACUCCGUUGCCUGCCCAAAUAUAGGUCUGAGCGCAGUGUUUCUCCCUUCUCCAGCCAUUAAAUGUCACGCGUGCAUUAUUAAUCCCUCCACCACCGAGCACUGAGCCGUGAUGUUUCAUUUUUCAAGGGCAAGUUCGCCGAAGCCGAGACGGAGUUCAUCAAAGCGGGGAAGCCAAAAGAGGCAGUGCUGAUGUAAGUAUAUCACUAGUUUUUCUCUUGCUAGCUAGCGAGUGGUGUUGGCAUGUGUCCCCAACAGAAAUCAGAGCUUCAAGCCUUCCUGAGUCGACUUCAAAAGGAGCGCUGGUGCCAGCACAGCUCUUGCCUCUUCCCCUUCAGAACUUCCCCUCACUUCUCUGUACAUUGGUUAUAGACCACCUAUUAAGUGAGUGUGAGAUGAUGUGGGGGUGUUUGGUUGGAGGGGAGCUCAACUCUCACACAGGUAGCAGAUGAACUGGAGCCCUGUCACUGAGACUGUUUGAUCUCUGCUUCCUGUAGAGGAGUGGAGUGUAUAGGAUGGGAGAGAACUGUACUCUAUACUGUAGACAGACCUACAGUAUAACAGGGCUGCUGGAAGAUCACAACAUUACUGUUUUUAGUGGUAUAUCGUCUAGCUAAUAUAAACUAGAGUUAGAGCCCUUUAAUCUGUUAAUAACAAGUAUUUCAGAGAGUGUUUGCUGUCUGCAAUCUGAUAAACAAAAACGUUGAACUUGAACCUGUAACAACAUGAGGGAGGUUCAAUUACAGCCUGGUGUGUCCCUUACAGGUAUGUCCAUAACCAGGACUGGGUUGGAGCCCAGAGGGUGGCGGAGGCCAAUGACCCAGACAGUGUAUCAGAUGUGCUGGUGGGCCAGGCCAAGUUCUGCUUCGAACAGAAGGACUUCCAGAAGGCUGAGGCCUUCCUCCUCAGGGCUCAGAGGCCAGAGCUGGCCAUCAAGUACUACAAAGUAAGAGACUGGGUGUUUCUCAAUAUGCAUGCUACCGUGCUCCGAUCACGCAAAUUGGAACACGGAACGGUCGGAGUAUGAGUCCAGAUCAAAGUAUGUGAAACAGAGCACGGGCGGCAGUUUUCAGAUGUGUACUUCGUUUUGACACACUUCAAAGCAUCGGUGCAAGCUUCAACUGAAAAUAUUGUAAUAUGUAAAAUGAUGCAACCACGUAAAAACCGACGCAAAGUUUUUGAAAACAAUAGUGGCUGGUUUUGAGCUGAACCGAGCGAAAAUGAACUCUGACUUCUGAAUGAAAAGUUGCCUACUCACAUCUCAUAUGUUGCCUGACUACAAUAUUUGAGCUUGAUACCUUAAUAAAUACAGUGGGGGGAAAAAGUAUUUAGUCAGCCACCAGUUGUGCAAGUUCUCCCACUUAAAAAGAUGAGAGAGGCCUGUAAUUUUCAUCAUAGGUACACGUCAACUAUGACAGACAAAUUGAGAAAAGAAAAUCCAGAAAAUCACAUUGUAGGAUUUUUAAUGAAUUUAUUUGCAAAUUAUGGUGGAAAAUAAGUAUUUGGUCACCUACAAACAAGCAAGAUUUCUGGCUCUCACAGACCUGUAACUUCUUCUUUAAGAGGCUCCUCUGUCCUCCACUCGUUACCUGUAUUAAUGGCACCUGUUUGAACUUGUUAUCAGUAUAAAAGACACCUGUCCACAACCUCAAACAGUCACACUCCAAACUCCACUAUGGCCAAGACCAAAGAGCUGUCAAAGGACACCAGAAACAAAAUUGUAGACCUGCACCAGGCUGGGAAGACUGAAUCUGCAAUAGGUAAGCAGCUUAGUUUGAAGAAAUCAACUGUGGGAGCAAUUAUUAGGAAAUGGAAGACAUACAAGACCACUGAUAAUCUCCCUCGAUCUGGGGCUCCACGCAAGAUCUCACCCCGUGGGGUCAAAAUGAUCACAAGAACGGUGAGCAAAAAUCCCAGAACCACACGGGGGGACCUAGUGAAUGACCUGCAGAGAGCUGGGACCAAAGUAACAAAGCCUACCAUCAGUAACACACUACGCCGCCAGGGACUCAAAUCCUGCAGUGCAAGACGUGUCCCCCUGCUUAAGCCAGUACAUGUCCAGGCCCGUCUGAAGUUCGCUAGAGUGCAUUUGGAUGAUCAAGAAGAGGAUUGGGAGAAUGUCAUAUGGUCAGAUGAAACCAAAAUAUAACUUUUUGGUAAAAACUCAACUCAUCGUGUUUGGAGGACAAAGAAUGCUGAGUUGCAUCCAAAGAACACCAUACCUACUGUGAAGCAUGGGGGUGGAAACAUCAUGCUUUGGGGCAGUUUUUCUGCAAAGGGAACAGGACGACUGAUCCGUGUAAAGGAAAGAAUGAAUGGGGCCAUGUAUCGUGAGAUUUUGAGUGAAAACCUCCUUCCAUCAGCAAGGGCAUUGACGAUGAAACGUGGCUGGGUCUUUCAGCAUGACAAUGAUCCCAAACACACCGCCCGGGCAACGAAGGAGUGGCUUCUUCGUAAGAAGCAUUUCAAGGUCCUGGAGUGGCCUAGCCAGUCUCCAGAUCUCAACCCCAUAGAAAAUCUUUGGAGGGAGUUGAAAGUCCGUGUUACCCAGCGACAACCCCAAAACAUCACUGCUCUAGAGGAGAUCUGCAUGGAGGAAUGGGCCAAAAUACCAGCAACAGUGUGUGAAAACCUUGUGAAGACUUACAGAAAACGUUUGACCUGUGUCAUUGCCAACAAAGAGUAUAUAACAAAGUAUUUAGAAACUUUUGUUAUUGACCAAAUACUUAUUUUCCACCAUAAUUUGCAAAUAAAUUCAUUAAAAAUCCUACAAUGUGAUUUUCUGGAUUUUUUUUCCUCAUUUUGUCUGUCAUAGUUGACGUGUACCUAUGAUGAAAAUUACAGGCCUCUCUUAUCUUUUUAAGUGGGAGAACUUGCACAAUUGGUGGCUGACUAAAUACUUUUUUCCCCCACUGUAUAUGCUGUGUUCAUUUUGGCAUGUUUAACUAAAUACAAUGUCCACUGUAGUGUGCGUAGACCGCAGUCUUACUGACGAAGAAUUGGUAGCUAGCUAGCUAACGUUACCCACAAAUAAUUUGUAGCUAACGUUGGCCAUCAACUUUAAUAACAACAUUAGUUUUAGCUAAUUUUUUACAUAUGAAAGUAGCAGGCUAGCUAGAUUAAUACGAUUCACAUGUAGCGAGCUGAUAAUUAUGAAGUUACAAGCUUGUGAUUGCUUUAUGUAGUUAUCUUGUUUCGUCUGUAUUGGUCAAAGGUAAUGCAGUAGCAUGGGAGUGCGCAGUGCUUCUCAAAUGUACAUUUUUAUGUGUUCUCCACACUCUCGUCCUCACAAGAACGUACUCGAGAUCUUCCUUUGAGAAUGAACUUGGAGCAUUAGAGUGUGGAGCACGGUAGUAUGCAUAUUGAGAAACACCCACUCUCUUUAUGUUUGAACUGGGCAGAACUGACACUUCAGACUUGUAAUUGUUAGUCAGGAGCUGACUGGGUUGGUUUUCAAGAGGACUUUGGAGAUGUUUAUUAAUUAAACAAUUCCAUAUAUACUAAGCUAUAUGGAAUUGUUUUAAGAUCAUACGAAGGAUCAUUUAGCUAUUGGAUUUGGAUUAUUUAUUUUUUUGCUAUCAAAUGAAAAAUAAUUUUUGGCCUUACUGCUAUAUACCCAUACAAAUGCAUUGAAUAACAGAUACACUACAUGGGACUACAGAUAGUCCCCCCAAAAAGUUUGUUCUGAAGUGUUUAUUCUGAAGUGUCUGUCCUAUAGCUGAGAGAUAUAAGAAAGAUCAGGAAACAUAAGUAUAUAUAUUUUUGUACAUGUAUUUAACCCCUUAUUUUUGGCGCUAAACAGUCUCCAUAUAGACUUCCAUACAUUUUCUAAAACUGGUCCUGGGGGACCUUCAGACACCUGUGGACGUCCUAGAGCAAAACAACUGACAUGUACAGUACCUUCGGAAAAAGUUUGGAACCACCAAGACUCUUCCUAGAGCUGGCCGCCCGGCCAAACUGAGCAAUCGGGGGAGAAGGGCCUUGGUCAGGGAGGUGACCAAGAACUGAUGGUCACUCUGACAGAGCUCUAGAGUUCCUCUGUGGAAAUGGGAGAACCUUCCAGAAGGACAACCAUCUCUGCAGCACUCCACCAAUCAGGCCUUUAUGGUAGAGUGGCCAGACGAAAGCCACUCCUCAGUAAAAGUCACAUGACAGCCCGCUUGGAGUUUGCCAAAAGGCACCUAGAGACUCUCAAACCAUGAGAAACAAGAUUCUCUGAUCUGAUGAAACCAAGAUUGAACUUUUUGGCCUGAAUGCCAAACGUCACAUGUGGAGGAAACCUGGCACCAUCCCUACGGUGAAGCAUGGUGGUGGCAGCAUCAGGCUGUGGGGAUGUUUUUCAGCAACAGGGACUGGUAGACUAUUCAGGAUUGAGGCAAAGAUGAACGGAGCAAUGUACAGAGAGAUCCUUGCACUCAGGACCUCAGACUGGGGCGAAGGUUCACCUUCCAACAGGACAACAACCCUAAGCACACAGCCAAGACAACACAGAAGUGGCUUCAGGACAAGUCUCUGAAUGUCCUUGAGUGGUCCCGCCAGAGCCCGGACUUGAACCUGAUCGAACAUUCCUGGAGAGACCUGAAAAUAGCUGUGCAGCAACGCUCCCCAUCCAACCUGACAGAGCUUGAGAGGAUCUGCAGAGAAGAAUGAUAUCUCUAGCUUAAACUGACAGAUUCUUAUGGGGAUUUUUGUAUUAUGAUAAUUAGAUUUCCACGGGGGCGCUGACAUCGACUCUAGUUUUUUUUUAAAUCAGAGGGUUCAUAUUCUAGUCAAUUCACUAUUCUCUGUGUUCUGGGAGUAGCUUUACAGAGAACACUACAGGUUAAACAGAAUACUGCGCUCAGCAAUGUUUUCAUUCCAUAAUUCACGCUGGUUGUUUGGCUGAAUGUGCUUCACAGAAAUUGGUGCUCCCGGGUACUGAGUGUUGUUGUUUUGUUGUUGUCUCAGGACACGGAGAUGUGGAGUGAUGCCAUGCGGAUCUGUAAAGAGUACCUCCCCAACAAGCUGAGCAUCCUCCAAGAGGAGUACGAGAAGGAGGCUACCAAGAAGGGCUCCCGGUGAGCAAAACACACUCACACACACUCCAAUAACGUCUGUGUUUUUAUAGCACAUUUUCCUGGUUAUUAUAACAUUUUAAUAACUCUGUUUGUGGUCUUGGAGAGGCAGAGAAAAUGUGUCUCAAUGUUACAUGUUAAACGAGAAGGAGAAGAAAGAAACGUCUAUGUACAUACUGUUGUUUUGUGGUCUGUUAUUAAUCUAUAUGCGCAUUGGGUCCAUGCGUUAUUAAAACAUGGCAGCUUUUUAUCCAAAAUGUAAUCCAUAAUGAGCAGCUAAUUAAAGUGCAGACACGCAGCGCCUCCAUCCGUCUCCAACCAUCAUUUCCCUGCUUUUAAUGACUUGUGGGAAAACAUCAAAGACUCGUCAAACGGAAAGUAGGACAUUUAUUUUGCACAGUCUUCAGUUCAGGCCCCAAUUGAGAGUAAUUUGGCCCUCUUGUACUGUCAGUCAUGCUCAAUUGAGAGCCAGAACUCUCUAACAUAUGUUGCCUUUCACUUUGACUCUUGUCUCUAUCUUUAACAUCACAAGGGUUGGGUUUGUAGCUCAGUGGAGGAGAGGGAGAGAUCUAAGAUUUUAAUGGGAGAAGUCUGUGUGCAGUGCACUGUGUAGAGCAGGGGUGUCAAACAGACGAGGGGGUCCAAUUGGGGGGUGAAAACGAACUCAAUAUACUUUAAAAUGACUAAAACCAAACCGAAACUGUUUAGAAAUGAUAAUGGACCUACAUUCAUACAGUUUCUUGACUGUGUCUAGCUCACUAAAUAAUCACUGAAAUGAAAGCUAGACAGUCGGGGAGCAUAUUAUUAUUUUUAUUUUUUUAAAGAACAUGGAUAGAGGACAAUUUUUUGCACAUUUUUACAGUGAGAAAACAUAACACAUUUUCAGUGCGGCCAUCCGGACCCCGUUGAAGACCGAAUGUGGACCCCGGGGCAAAAUGUAUUGUAUUUGCCUUCGCAGUAGUGUCUUAGAAUACUUCCUUGACUUUAACGCCGACAGACAUGUACAGUAUUUUUUCUGUUCUUAGAAUGGGCUUCCAAGUCUUUCGUUCUAGUUCUGUUAUUCCCUACACAUCCAUCUGGUCCCUCGAUUACUUACUAAUGCAGCUCAGUUAUAGCUAAUUCAUAGGUCCAAGGAGGACAUGUAAAUGUUUUACUGACGGUGUGUGUGUGUUCUGUGUGUGUGUGCGCAGAGGGGUGGAAGGCAUGGUGGAGCAGGCCAAGGAAUGGGAGCAGUCUGGGGAGUACGCCCGGGCCGUGGAGUGUUACCUCAAGGUCAAGGACUCCGCCAACGGCCCCCUUAUGGAGAAGUGCUGGAUGAAGGUACAUAAAAGAAGUCCAGGACUGGCAAUGAAUGUCACUAUAACAUAACCCACACAUGCUGUCCUUACAAGCCUCUAUCUGUGGCCCUGGAUGUACAGUCGUGCCAUGUAAUGUUUACUGUGUGUUUCUGUGACCCUGAGUGUAGUGCCUCAAUGUUUUCUGUGUGUGUGACCUCCCCCAGGCUGCUGAGUUGGCCAUCAAGUUCUUGACCCAGGAGAGGGCUGUGGCUGUGAUCCACUCUGUGGGCCCUCGCCUCACCCAGCUCAGGAAGUACAGCGCUGUGAGUCACCACACACUUCCUGCUUGAUCCCUCAAUACUAACAGGCUCUUGAUAUUGAUCAUUUAGUGUUAUUUUGUAAAUGCAUGGUUUUAGGCUGCUGUAUGUCAACUGGUAUGUGAAAUUCUAGUGUAAAAAAAUACAAAAGUUCCAUGCUUUUUAGAAAGUAUAUUAUUAUUGAGUGUAGCAGACAGGUAUCCAACCAAGGAUUUCAUAGACAGGACCGUUAUGUGCCUGUUCAUAGGUACUCUUGAACAAAAAAUAAUGUUUAAAAAAUGUAUUGGACAAAACUACAUUCAGCAACAGCUUUUAUUAAUCUAAAGGUGUGUGUGGAGGCCAUUCUGCCAACGGAAGCGAUGGUUUUGGUGCGAGUGUGAUAAUAGAAAAAGUACUUACUUCCCAAAACAAAGGCGCCCAUGUUUUAUGCCUAAUCUCUGGCGUCCUUCAAGAAAUCUUUUGAGAUUCCAAAUGUUUUAUUUUCCUCAGGCGGCUGAGCUGUACCUCAACCUGGACCUCGUUAAGGAAGCCAUAGAUGCAUUCAUUGAGGGAGAAGAAUGGAACAAAGCCAAGAGAGUGGCCAAGGAGCUGGAUCCAAGGUGAGCCUGUCGGUCGGGCCCACCACUACAGCUCUGCCUGGUCACCCCUAACAACAAGCCUAGCGGGCUAGAAUACCUCUUCUGUCAUUAGGCUACAGAGAGAGAAAACACACAGAGGCCUCAUAGGCACCAGUCAGCUGUUGCUGCCUCUUAAAACAACACAAGGCCUAGGACAGAGGUAGCUCCAGUCCUCUAGUUAAUGAAUGGGAUGAGAUUCCUGUUUCAUCUAUUCUGUAUGUUACAUUAUAGUCAUUUAGGAUCUUAUCCAGAGUGAAUGACAGUAGCUAACUUUACAGUGGUUGUUUAUUUAUUUAUUGUACGUUUUGUAAAGGUCAAUUUGAUUAGACAAUGUGUUUAGUACAGUACAUCUGUGUUGUGAUUUGUCUAUCUGGGGACUAUUACCUGGCUGCAUUGCUUUCAUGUACUCCAACUCCUGAACAGUCAUUAUCCUACAUAAUAGAGGAUAAUAGAUUAUAUUUUACUUUCCUUCUACAUUGUGCGUCUAUCUGAACAGCUCCAUCUGUUGGAGGCUUGAAACACUUAAAACAUUCAACUCUGGCUGAAAAUGGUAGUUCUUAUCAUAUACUGUAGCUGUUUUAUUUUAUUCUUGAUUGUUUGCCGUUUUCAAGCACUUUGAGAUAAUUUUGGUAAUGAAAAGCACUAUAGAAGGUGAAUAAAUUGUUAUUAUAAUAUAUUCAUGUAGGUUUGAAGAUUAUGUGGACCAGCGAUACAAAGAACACUUGAAAAACCAAGGCAAAGCAGAUUCAGUAAGUAGCUACAAUUUAACGUUAAUAUGUAUCGCAAAUAAUAAGCCAACUUCUAAAUUGUGCAAGUACAGUAUAAUUUACAAUAACAAAAUGGAUCCACAGUCCUUGUUCUAUUUGUUAUGCCAAAUCAGUGUGGCUCAGUAGCACUGACAUCUCUAGUUGAAUAAUGAAGUCUACCUGGUGAAAAGUGAAUGGCAUAUUUCGAAGUUGUCCUGCAUAAUGCACCAAAGACUUCAUAAUGUGGGUGUUUGUAACCAUCAGUCUAGUUUUGAGACAUGUUUCAAAGUUUCAGAAAGCAAACUAUUACAAGGCUUCUUACCAUUACCUUAUAAAACGACUAAAUGUCAUUUUGUAGUCGUUUUUAUAGAUAAGUGUACACUCUUAACCACUAAAUGCUGAUCUUCUCUGGUUCUAGCUGGUAGGAGUGGAUGUCAUGGCAGCUCUGGACAUGUAUGCUGAGAGAGGCCAAUGGGAGAAGUGCAUAGAGACUGCUUCCAAACAGGUACUGAGUCUACCAUCAACACUCCUUCUUUAGUUUCAUUGUCUUUCAUCCUUUUCUCUGUAUUUUCUCAGUUUUAUUCUGUUAUUGUUUUUAUAUUUUUUAUAUUUGUAGAAUUACAAGAUCCUCCACAAGUAUGUGGCCCUGUACGCCACCCACCUGAUCAAAGAGGGCGAUGCAGAAAAGGCCCUGAACCUGUACGCCCAGCACGGAGCCCCAGCCAACCCCCAGAACUUCAACAUCUACAAGAGGAUGUUCCUGGAUCUGCUGAGCCUGCUGGGUAGAGACAGCGCUGAGUCCUUCCGCAUGUGGGCUGACCUGAGAGACGUCAUGCUUCUGCUGGUGAGUACAGGACCAGAGAGAGACAGGGGACUAUAGUGACAGUAUCAGGUCACAGUGUAUAAUGACCAUAUAUGGUAUAUAGUGUGUAAGUACAAGGGUCUGUUUUUCAUGGUCUCGUUGUCUGUCUGUUUGCAGUGUGAGAACCUGACCAAGUCUUCAGAGGCCAACUCUCCUGCCCACGAAGAGUUUGAGCAGAUGCUGCUGAUCUCUCACUACUACGCCACGCGAUCCGCUGCCAAUGGGGUUGACCUGGUAUAUACUGUACUCACCCUUUAUUUUACCCAGCCAGUUUUUGUAUAGUAAUAGCUGCGGUACACACUCACGUCCUCCAUCUCUUUCCUCUCCAUCCCUCCAGGUCAGCGUGGCUGCCAAGCUGUCCAUAUCCCUGCUGCGCCACACGGAGCUCAUCCCAGCUGACAAGGCCUUCUACGAGGCAGGCAUGGCUGCCAGGGUAAGAUAACUGUUCGUAUGAGCUUCAGCCAAUCACGGGAGGCAGAGAGGGGCUUGGGGGGUUGGUGUUGCUAGCCCCCUGGGAAAUAUUCUGAUCAAUGUCCACUGAGUCUGUCUGUGCUCCAGGUAGGCCCGUUGGAGGUGUUAUGAAUACGUUUGUGCCCAAACAGCAUUGUGAAGUAGCCUAUCGCCCCACGUUCACAAUGAAAUGAUUUUGGAAAAUGAAAAAAAAUGAAAUUAUUUUGGAAAAUGGAAAAUCUCCCCACUCGUUGAAUAACUGUUUUUCUUUCAUAUGUUUUUUUCUACUUCAGUAUUGGCAUUUAGUUGUGAAUGUCAGGCUGAUGAUGAUAAAUGUGAUUAUCUCCACAGGCUUUGGGCUGGGAGAACAUGGCCUUUAUUUUCCUCAACCGCUUCCUGGAUCUGUCUGAUGUGAGUCUCCACUCAGCUUUACCUGAGGCGGUUUCACCUCAGCUUUACCUAAAGCUGCAGACUUUUUCACUGAGCAUAAAAUCUUCACAAGUAGCUUAUAUGAUCGAUAGCAAUAUACAUUUUAUCAUAACAACAGUGAUAUGAGUAACUAUCCCACAUCACAUUUUGUCUGUAUCCGUUGUGUUUUAAUUAGAUUGUUUGAAGAAGAGCUAGUGAGUGAAUGUUGUCUUGAUGCCUGUUGUGGUGUUUCCAGGGGAUAGAGGAAGGGAACUUAGAUACUCUGGACCACUCUGAUUUCCAAGACACUGACAUCCCCUUCGAGGUUCCUUUCCCUGCUAAGCUACACGUCACUGUAAGGCACAAGUAGAUUUUUUGCUGUGUCAUUAUAAUGUCUUAUAACAUGACAGGUCUGAAAUGUUGUGGUGAUGUGACUGCUCUGUGCCAGUGUUAGUUUGAUAGCUCUAUAUCAUUGUGCGGUUAUAUUGUUGGCUUUGCUAUGUUACUAUAUAAUGACUGUGUGUAAUGUUGCUGUACUGUGACUGCCUGUGACAUUAGGCUGCAAUGGUAUUAUGGUAUGAGGCUGUUGUUGAUCUUGUUGUCGUGUCCAAGGAUGCCCAGCGAGAGGAGAUCCGUGACUGGGUGUUGACGGUGUCCAUGGACCAGCGGGUGGAGCAGGUGCUGCCCAAAGACGAGAGGGACACCUACGAAGCCUCUUUACUGGCAGCCAAUACGGGCAUCCGCUCCCUGCCCUGCGUCAUCACAGGUAGGUGGGAGAACCCCCCCUACAGAGCACCUUACCCUCUCCCUUCUCUGUUGCAUUACCCUGGUGUCUGGGACUGUACCAUAUCUACUCUAGGGGCGUGAAAAGUAUUGGUGGGUAUGAGGGGGCUAUUACUGGAGAGUAUUUUACCUUAGAUAAUUAUUUUAUAAUUGCCAUGUUAUUACUGUUAUUUGCAUGCAUUCACAAGGUUUCAUAUGAACCCCAACAUAUUUUGUUCUUCAACCUAACUAGUUGAUGACAGGUGAGAGUGUGUAUACUGUACUGGUAUGCAGAGCAGAGGUGCUGUCCAGGGUGCUGACUCCUGCUUGCUCAGAAGAGGCCUGCACCAAACCUAAAUGACAGAGUGAAAAGAAGGAAGCCUGUACAGAAUAAAAAAUAUUCCAAAACAUGCAUCCUGUUUGCAAUAAGGCACUAAAGUAAAACUGCAAAUAAUGUGGCUAAGAAAUUAACUUUUUGUCCUGAAUACAACUCGUUAUGUUUGGGGCAAAUCCGGCACAACACAUCACUGAGUACCACUCUUCAUAUUUUCAAGCAUGGUGGUGGCUGCAUCAUGUCAUGGGUGUGCUUGUCAUCGGCAAGGACUAGGGAGUUUUUUUGGAUAAAAAGAAACGGAAUAGAGCUAAACACAGGCAGAAUUCUAAAGGAAAACCUGGUUCAGUCUGCAUUCCAACAAACACUGAGAGACAAAUUCUCCUUUCAGCAGGACAAUAACCUAAAACACAAGGCCAAAUAUACACUGGAGUUGCUUACCAAGAUGACAUGGAAUGUUCCUAAAGUGGCCUAGUUACAGUUUUGACUUAAAUCGGCUUAAAUCUAUGGCAAGACUUGAAAAUAGCAAUGAUCAACAACCAAUUUGACAGAGCUUGAAUAAUUUGUUUAAUAAUAAUGUGCAAAUAUUGUACAAUCCAGGUGUGCAAAGCUCUUAGAGACUUACCUAGAAAGACUCACAAGUGUAAUCGCUGCCAAAGGUGAUUCUAACAUGUAUUGACUCAGGGGUGUGUGAAUACUUAUGUAAAUGAGAUAUUUCUGUAUUUCAUUUUCAAUACAUUUGCAAAAACAUGUUUUCACUUUGUCAUAGGGGUAUUGUGUGUAGAUGGGUGUAAAAAAAAAUAUUUCAUCAAUUUUGAAUUCAGGCUGUAACAUAACAAAAUGUGUAAUAAGGCAAGGGGGUAUUAAUACUUCCUGAAGGCACUGUAACUGACAAGACACAGUGGUGUAUAACCUCUAGUAUACAGUACAGAGAUGCAGUGCUAUCCAGAGAUACAGGGACUGACUGGUCUCCCACAACACCCAGAUGAGUGUGUUGUGUUCAGGGAGGCAGUUAGCAGACCCACGUACGAUGGCAGAUCUGUUAAUUGGUUGACUAUUAAUAUGAAUGCAAUCAUAAUGAAAGCUCUCUCUCUCUAUGCAACCUAGGCUAUCCGGUCCUGCGGAAUAAGAUUGAGUUCAAAGGACCUGGCAAGGCAGCAAACAAGGAUGACUGGAAUAAAUUCAUAAUGGCCACAAAAGUAAGAAGGGGGUUUGUUAUGUUAGCUCUGUAGUCUACAUCACUGUGCUUGUUACCUCCUCUGCUGAUUUAGCUGCUAGUCCAUCAGUCCUUAACUGCAUGAAACACUGGGUUUGAUUUAUUAUGAAUCCACACUUUUGAUCACAGGCACUCACGCAGGUUUAGAAUGUACACAGUGUAAAGUUGAGUCUUGGGGGCCAGAGAAGGGCCCAUUUCAUUUCAGUGUGUUUCAUCAUCAUCCUUCCUGUGUGUGAUUUGGAUUGCAGAGGUGUGAUUUAGUUAAAUGGACUAAUGUCCACAAACAGAGAUUUGAAGACCCACUUUUUACAUGUAUGCCUGCUUGCAUGCACACACAGGCACAAAUACGCACUCGCACACACACACACACACACACACACAUACACAUUCUUCCCUGUGGUUCCCUGUAUGUGUGUGAUCUGAUAUGUGAUUAGCUGGUCUGUGUGUGUCCUCCUCCCAGACCACUCACAGCCCGGAGUGCCAGGAUGUGUUGAAGUUUGUGAGUCAGUGGUGUGGAGGUCUCCCCGCCUCCGGCUUCUCCUUCCACUGACAGGAACAGGCUGCUGAAAACUUCAUCUCCACCCAGUGUACCACACACCAGCAUACCCAACACUACAGUAACUUACCAUCUGCUCAGAGCCACCGCCGCCUUCUCUGAAUUAUUUAAUCCAUCCUCGCUCCUCUCCUUCUCCAUCUCUGGUUUGGUUUUAGUGUUAAACAGUUCACAUCAUUCUAUAACAAUAGACUGAUAUGAGAGGACCUGCUGUGUUACUGCUUCAUUCACUUCAUUCUGACAUCAGCACAGUCCUUACUGGCCUCCUAUUGGUCACUUAGCCCCUGGUGUCAGGAUCCUGUGUCACCAUGGGGAUGUCUGUAUCAUUCAGCAGAAAAUUCCUCCUCUCUUUGUGUCUCUGUUUUACCUCUGUGAUGUGUGUAUCUGUGUUUGAGUUUGUGUUCAUUCCCAUUUUCUCCUAUGUUCCUGGUACUGUAGAAGGAAUGGCGUAGGCACCAGCCAACGUGUGUGUUUAUAUUUAGUUGAGAGACUUUAAAGAUGCCUUUACACUUAAGGUGAUGUAUCUUCGUAAUCAGAAGUGCUGUUAUCUGUAAUAAGUGUUCUUUGUUCUAAAAGUAAAGUUUCUGAAUGAUAUGAGAAUUUAACAUAAUGCACUUUAGAAUUCCGUAUUGGCUUUAUGUAUUGUUGGUUUAUAUGCGGU